AUGGUACCUUCCUGUCAUCCACAGACAGGCAAGAACCCUCAAGGUCUCCCUUCCCCUCCAGUUUCAGUCCCCUUUUCCUCCCUCUCCUCCCCUUAUCCUCCUCUUAACCUCCUAGGCAUGAUCAGCUCUAACGUGCUGUGCUGGGCCUGUCUUGUCCAACAUCGCAAAUCGGGAUCCACACUGCCUCUCCUCUGGAGAGCUUCAAGGAGCCCGCGGCUCUCUCUGCUCUCCGUUGCUUCAACCAUCCCAGUGGGAGUUAGUGGGAUUUGGGAGGGGGGGGUAGAGGGGGGAAGUGAGGGAAUGGGGGGAGUGAGUGGAGGGCUUGGCUUGCGUUUCCUGCCAAGCGCGUUUGCUAGCCUUACCCACACGUGUCCUCGCUUCAUCGUCCUUACCACCCCUCCCGCCCCUCCCGCCCCUCCCCACCCUUUCCCACCCCUCCCACCCCUCCCCAUCCCUCCCCACCCCUCCCAUCCCUCGCCUCCCUUUUCCACCCCCCUGUGCUUGCAGCACAUGGGGUGGCAUGGCGCACAUGGGGUGGCAUGGCGCACAUGGGGUGGCAUGGCGCACAUGGGGUGGCAUGGCGCACAUGGGGUGGCAUGGCGCACAUGGGGUGGCAUGGAGCACAUGGGGUGGCAUGGAGCACAUGGGGUGGCAUGGAGCACAUGGGGUGGCAUGGAGCACAUGGGGUGGCAUGGCGCACAUGGGGUGGCAUGCAGCACAUGGGGUGGCAUGGAGCACAUGGGGUGGCAUGCGGCACAUGGGGUGGCAUGCAGCACAUGGGGUGGCAUGGAGCACAUGGGGUGGCAUGGAGCACAUGGGGUGGCAUGGCGCACAUGGGGUGGCAUGCAGCACAUGGGGUGGCAUGCAGCACAUGGGGUGGCAUGGCGCACAUGGGGUGGCAUGCAGCACAUGGGGUGGCAUGCAGCACAUGGGGUGGCAUGGCGCACAUGGGGUGGCAUGCAGCACAUGGGGUGGCAUGCAGCACAUGGGGUGGCAUGGAGCACAUGGGGUGGCAUGGAGCACAUGGGGUGGCAUGGAGCACAUGGGGUGGCAUGGAGCACAUGGGGUGGCAUGGAGCACAUGGGGUGGCAUGGAGCACAUGGGGUGGCAUGGAGCACAUGGGGUUGCAUGGAGCACAUGGGGUGGCAUGGAGCACAUGGGGUGGCAUGCAGCACAUGGGGUGGCAUGCAGCACAUGGGGUGGCAUGCAGCACAUGGGGUGGCAUGGCGCAAAUGGGGUGGCAUGGCGCACAUGGGGUGGCAUGGAGCACAUGGGGUGGCAUGGAGCACAUGGGGUGGCAUGGAGCACAUGGGGUGGCAUGGAGCACAUGGGGUGGCAUGGCGCACAUGGGGUGGCAUGCAGCACAUGGGGUGGCAUGCAGCACAUGGGGUGGCAUGCAGCACAUGGGGUGGCAUGCAGCACAUGGGGUGGCAUGCAGCACAUGGGGUGGCAUGGAGCACAUGGGGUGGCAUGCAGCACAUGGGGUGGCAUGGAGCACAUGGGGUGGCAUGGAGCACAUGGGGUGGCAUGGAGCACAUGGGGUCGCAUGGAGCACAUGGGGUGGCAUGGAGCACAUGGGGUGGCAUGGAGCACAUGGGGUGGCAUGGAGCACAUGGGGUGGCAGCACAUGGGGUGGCAUGCAGCACAUGGGGUGGCAUGCAGCACAUGGGGUGGCAUGGCGCAAAUGGGGUGGCAUGGCGCACAUGGGGUGGCAUGCAGCACAUGGGGUGGCAUGGAGCACAUGGGGUGGCAUGGAGCACAUGGGGUUGCAUGGAGCACAUGGGGUGGCAUGCAGCACAUUGGGGUGGCAUGCAGCACAUGGGGUGGCACGGAGCACAUGGGGUGGCAUGGAGCACAUGGGGUGGCAUGCGGCACAUGGGGUGGCAUGCAGCACAUGGGGUGGCAUGCAGCACAUGGGGUGGCAUGGAGCACAUGGGGUGGCAUGGAGCACAUGGGGUGGCAUGGCGCACAUGGGGUGGCAUGCAGCACAUGGGGUGGCAUGCAGCACAUGGGGUGGCAUGGCGCACAUGGGGUGGCAUGCAGCACAUGGGGUGGCAUGCAGCACAUGGGGUGGCAUGGCGCACAUGGGGUGGCAUGCAGCACAUGGGGUGGCAUGCAGCACAUGGGGUGGCAUGGAGCACAUGGGGUGGCAUGGAGCACAUGGGGUGGCAUGGAGCACAUGGGGUGGCAUGGAGCACAUGGGGUGGCAUGGAGCACAUGGGGUGGCAUGGAGCACAUGGGGUGGCAUGGAGCACAUGGGGUGGCAUGGAGCACAUGGGGUGGCAUGGAGCACAUGGGGUGGCAUGGAGCACAUGGGGUGGCAUGGAGCACAUGGGGUUGCAUGGAGCACAUGGGGUGGCAUGGAGCACAUGGGGUGGCAUGCAGCACAUGGGGUGGCAUGCAGCACAUGGGGUGGCAUGCAGCACAUGGGGUGGCAUGGCGCAAAUGGGGUGGCAUGGCGCACAUGGGGUGGCAUGGAGCACAUGGGGUGGCAUGAAGCACAUCGGGUGGCAUGGAGCACAUGGGGUGGCAUGGAGCACAUGGGGUGGCAUGGCGCACAUGGGGUGGCAUGCAGCACAUGGGGUGGCAUGCAGCACAUGGGGUGGCAUGCAGCACAUGGGGUGGCAUGCAGCACAUGGGGUGGCAUGGAGCACAUGGGGUGGCAUGCAGCACAUGGGGUGGCAUGCAGCACAUGGGGUGGCAUGGAGCACAUGGGGUGGCAUGGAGCACAUGGGGUGGCAUGGAGCACAUGGGGUCGCAUGGAGCACAUGGGGUGGCAUGGAGCACAUGGGGUGGCAUGGAGCACAUGGGGUGGCAUGGAGCACAUGGGGUGGCACGGAGCACAUGGGGUGGCAUGCAGCACAUGGGGUGGCAUGCAGCACAUGGGGUGGCAUGGCGCAAAUGGGGUGGCAUGGCGCACAUGGGGUGGCAUGCAGCACAUGGGGUGGCAUGGAGCACAUGGGGUGGCAUGGAGCACAUGGGGUUGCAUGGAGCACAUUGGGUGGCAUGCAGCACAUGGGGUGGCAUGCAGCACAUGGGGUGGCACGGAGCACAUGGGGUGGCAUGGAGCACAUGGGGUGGCAUGGAGCACAUGGGGUUGCAUGCAGCACAUGGGGUGGCAUGCAGCACAUGGGGUGGCAUGGCGCAAAUGGGGUGGCAUGGCGCACAUGGGGUGGCAUGCAGCACAUGGGGUGGCAUGGAGCACAUGGGGUGGCAUGGAGCACAUGGGGUGGCAUGGAGCACAUGGGGUGGCAUGGAGCACAUGGGGUUGCAUGGAGCACAUGGGUUGGCAUGGAGCACAUGGGGUUGCAUGGAGCACAUGGGGUGGCAUGGAGCACAUGGGGUGGCAUGGAGCACAUGGGGUGGCAUGGAGCACAUGGGGUGGCAUGGAGCACAUGGGGUGGCAUGGAGCACAUGGGGUGGCAUGGAGCAGAGCAAUUAGAUGACGUCAUCACAGGUGAGACAAGCAAUCCACCCCACACCACCACCCACUCUCCCCCUCUUCUUCCCUCAUUCCUUCCCAUGUCCUACAUGUCCCUCCCAUCUGGCAUCCUUCUUCCACUCUCUCCUGUCAUCUCCUUGUCUCCCCCCUUUCUUUCCUUCCCUCCCUCACUUAUUCCCUUACUUAGUCUCAAGCCACCCGUGCGAACAGACAUCAGCAGCCUAGGCCCGGCCCAGGACUCACUCCCUGACUCUGCCCUCCUCUGCCCCUCUUCAUUUCACCCUCCUAAAGACCCAACCGAAUUUCCUCUUCCCUCCGUCCCUCUCGGUUUCCCUUUCCCUCUGUCCCUUCCCCAUUUCCCCUUCCCUCUGUCCCUUCCCCAUUUCCCCUUCCCUGUGUCCCUCGCCAUUUCCCCUUUCCCCUGUCACUCCAUAUUUCCCCUUCCCCCAGUCGCUCAGCAUUUCCCCUGGUCCCUGUCACUCCCCUUAUCCCCUUCCCUCUGUCCCUCCCCAUUUCCCCUUUUCUCGGACCUCCCCAUUUCCCCUUUCUGUACAAAUUCAAAUCCCCUUGCCCCUGUCACUCCCCAUUUCCCCUACCCCCUGUCCCUCCCCAUUUCCCUUUUUCCCUGUGUGUCACUCCCCAUUCCCCCUUCCCUUUGCCCCUCUUCCUUUCACCCUCCGAAAGUACCAACCCCAUUUCCCCUUCCUUCUGUCCCUUCCCCAUUUCCCCUUCCUUCUGUCCCUUCCCCAUUUCCCCUUCCUUCUGUCCCUUCCCCAUUUCCCCUUCCCUUCUGUCCCUUCCCCAUUUCCCCUUCCCUCUGUCCCUUCCCCAUUUCCCCUUCCCUCUGUCCCUUCCCCAUUUCCCCUUCCCUCUGUCCCUUCCCCAUUUCCCCUUUUUUCUGUCCCUUCCCCAUUUCCCCUUCCCUCUGUCCCUUCCCCAUUUCCCCUUCCCUCUGUCCCUCGCCAUUUCCCCUUCCCUCUGUCCCUUCCCCAUUUCCCCUUCCCUCUGUCCCUUCCCCAUUUCCCCUUCCUUCUGUCCCUUCCCCAUUUCCCCUUCCUUCUGUCCCUUCCCCAUUUCCCCUUCCUUCUGUCCCUUCCCCAUUUCCCCUACCCCCUGUCCCUCCCCAUUUCCCUUUUUCCCUGUGUGUCACUCCCCAUUCCCCCUUCCCUUUGCCCCUCUUCCUUUCACCCUCCGAAAGUACCAACCCCAUUUCCCCUUCCUUCUGUCCCUUCCCCAUUUCCCCUUCCUUCUGUCCCUUCCCCAUUUCCCCUUCCUUCUGUCCCUUCCCCAUUUCCCCUUCCCUCUGUCCCUCGCCAUUUCCCCUUCCCUCUGUCCCUUCCCCAUUUCCCCUUCCUUCUGUCCCUUCCCCAUUUCCCCUUCCUUCUGUCCCUUCCCCAUUUCCCCUUCCUUCUGUCCCUUCCCCAUUUCCCCUUCCUUCUGUCCCUUCCCCAUUUCCCCUUCCUUCUGUCCCUUCCCCAUUUCCCCUUCCUUCUGUCCCUUCCCCAUUUCCCCUUCCUUCUGUCCCUUCCCCAUUUCCCCUUCCCUUCUGUCCCUUCCCCAUUUCCCCUUCCCUCUGUCCCUUCCCCAUUUCCCCUUCCCUCUGUCCCUUCCCCAUUUCCCCUUCCCUCUGUCCCUUCCCCAUUUCCCCUUUUUUCUGUCCCUUCCCCAUUUCCCCUUCCUUCUGUCCCUUCCCCAUUUCCCCUUCCCUCUGUCCCUCGCCAUUUCCCCUUCCCUCUGUUCCUUCUACAUUUCCCCUUCCCUCUGUCCCUUCCCCAUUUCCCCUUCCUUCUGUCCCUUCCCCAUUUCCCCUUCCUUCUGUCCCUUCCCCAUCUCCCCUUCCUUUUGUCCCUUCCCCAUUUCCCCUUCCUUCUGUCCCUUCCCCAUUUCCCCUUCCUUCUGUCUCUUUCCCAUUUCCCCUUCCCCAUUUCCCCAUUUCGCCGUGUGGGGAGAUAUCACCUGAGGAUAUGGAGGGGGAAAGCCGGGCAGGGGAUGGGGGGAAGCAGGGAAGGGGAUGGGGGGAAGCAGGGAAGGGGAUGGGGGGAAGCAGAGAAGGGGAUGGGGGGAAGCUGGGAAGGGGAUGGGGGAAGCAGGGAAGGGGAUGGGGGGAAGCAGGGUGGGGGAGGGGGGGAAUUAGGGCGUGCACGAGAGAGGAGGGGUACAUGGCCUGCUGUCUCUCCCCCUCUGUCCUUAGCCUGCUGUCUCUCCCCCUCUGUCCUUCCCCUUCUGCCUCUCCCAAUCUGUCCUUCCCCCUCUGUCUCUCCCCCUGUGUCCUUGCCCCUUUGUCUCUCCCACUCGGUCCUGGGAGACGAGGCGAAGGCGACGAGGAGACUCAGGAAAAUUGA